AUGACAGGAAUCGACAUCAAGAAUUUGGUCGAGGAUGUUGACAUACCUAUGGGACACAAACUGAUGCUCGACGGUCCUCUCUCGUCCUCCCGCCGCAGCCUCUCAGAACGGGAUCCUCGCAACGUACGCAACACCUCCCCAGCCAUGCCCGGAGGCGACACCAAUCAUUUGGGGUAUCGACGGGGCGCUUGGUCUCCUUUCGGCGUCGGGAAGGAGGGCAGAUGCAUCCUAACCCUCGCCACGCACGACCACCGAGUGAUCAUCGUCGGUCGGGAAGGUCGGAAGUGGAAAACAUUGUGGGAUCUCUCGGCUCGGUGGCAUCAACACGUGUCGGCUGGGUCUUGGGCGAUGGUUGCGCUGCCACACAACGCCACGCAGCACCAGAAGUUCACCGCCCGGAUGCACUUGUUGACGGUGUCGGAAUUCCUAUGGAUGCCCGUACAGUCAGAUGCCCUGGGGAGGUCGAGCGUACUUAUAACAUUGACGGCUAGCGGCCACGCGGUGUACUGGCGUUUCCCUACGAAUUUCAGCGGCUCGGAGAACGUAAAAAUAGUUGCUGUAAGAGAGACUGGCGUAACGCUCAUCUCCGCGGUCCAUUGGUGCGCUGUAGGGGACAGUGAGGGGUAUCUGAUCGUAGGAAGCAGCAUCGGCCAAGUGAAAGGAUUUUACUGUAAGCUGAAUCACGAAAACGUCACAUUAAAAGACCUCGGCUAUGCCUUCGAGAGUAAAGACGGGUUAAGGGUUAAUCAAAUACACCUCGGCCUCUUGAACGACGACCGCCAUCUGUUAUUGGUGUCGAAGCAUAACAUCUUGGUGGCUAUGAACGUCGCCUUGACUCCCAACAGUCUCGAGGUUAAACACUCUUCACACGUCCACGCUGGCAAGCUCGCUGUAUCAGGUUUAGUAGUGAUGGGGGAGACCAAUGUUUACUUAUCGAUCAAGGACGGAACGAUUCAACACAUCUCGGUGAACGUGCUAGAUACCGGCGAACUGACCCUAAAGGAACACGGGUCGGUCUUCCGUUCCGAGGGCGUGUCGUAUACGGGCCUGACGACGUCCCCGAACAAGGCCCUUUGGGGUUGCCUCGAAUCAGUUAGCGUCGCGUACGAUCAUCUGGUGAUGCGCGAGCCGACUCAGAUCACCCUAUACCAGAUGGGUCGAUCGUCGGACAUCAUGCAACACAUUGUGGAGAGUUCGGCGCCCCUACACCGCAACGUCGAUCUUAUGGAGAGUCUCAGGAUCGCCAUACACAAGGACGGAGUGACCCCAGUGAUUCACGUACAAGCUGACGAAAUACCCACGUUGUCUCUCCAGUCAAUCAAGGUCAGCUAUUGGUUGGCCAAGAUGUCCCGGAAGAUUUGGGUGACAGAUCGAGCGACUCACGAAAUAUUGGUACGUGGCGCUGCGAUGCUUUUAUUUUGGUCUGACGGGAUUUAA